ACACCGUUUUGGACAGCUGUGUGGGAAAGUUCGUAUUUAGGAGUCAUAAAACAAUAACCUGAUCUCCCUAACGUAACUGGUAUUUCCGUCGUUCGUCAAUCAAAUCGCUGCUAAAAACAUGUGUAGUGGUUGUCGGUAGCUGUGUUAUGAGGCUGUAUAGUAUGUUUAGUAAUGUAUUAUCGUACCAAUUUCAUUUCAGGAAAAGCGGAGUUUACAUUUGGUGCUUUUGCUUAAAGUAAAAAGGGAAAUUACGCACUGACAUAGCAUUCGCUCGCUGGAAUAGCGAUCUAUAAACGUUGCCGUAUUUUAAUUGCUGGGUUAAUGUUAAACAUCCUGCUUGUUGUUAUUCAGAUUUAUCUUCUUUCUUGCAAAGAAACUUGCAAUGACAUUCAGCUGCAGCUUGUUAUUGGUAUUAUUAGCUAUCUCGUGAUCGUCGAGCAUUUACAUCUAUUUGACUGAGAAUGGCAGGACAAGGAGCGAACUUUAUUGCAUCUAUAGCCAAAAGAUGUGUUGAGGCAAAUGGGUUUGAAAGACUGCUAAACAAGAUACGCAUAAUAUCUGCUGGUGAGGGAAAAUGUCUGGCAGAAUUCACUGUUGCACAAGAACAUCAGAAUGCGGGUGGUACACUGCAUGGUGGAUUCACAGCAACAUUGGUUGACCAGAUUUCGACAUAUGCUUUAAUGACAUAUGGAAAAGGCGUGCCAGGUGUUUCUGUAAACAUCAAUGUGAGUUAUAUGAAAGCAGCAUCAGCGGGUGAAGAAGUCAUUAUAGAUGCACAAACACUGCGUGCUGGAAAGACGUUAGCAUUCCUGGAGGUUGAUCUAAAAAAGAAAGCAACAGGAGAGUUGAUUGCAAAAGGUUCACAUACCAAAUUCAUUGGUUUUUAAUUGUGUUCUUUGCAGUCUAUACACAGGAAGAAGUGUAGGAUGGGGUAUUAGCUUUAAUUAGCUUUUAUUGUUUUUUUUUUUUUUUUUGCAUAUAAUUGUCAUGAAACAUGACUGCCAGGGCUAUGUAUGUGUCUGAAAUGUACUGUGAUAUUAUUAUUUCACUCUCUUGUUCCUACAAGCAGUAUUCAGUAAACAAAGGAAAUUAACAUACAUUGCUAAACAAAACUGGUAUGUGGCUAUUUUAUGUAGGAACUUACAAAGAGAGAUCUUUUUAUGUGAUAUAUGUGUACAUAAGUGAAUCUUGUAAGUGAAAUUUGAGCAGCAUAACUUGAUUUUUAAUAUUCAGUUACUGAUGCUCUUAGGUACUGCUUCCACAAAUUUUUUAUGGAAGUUUUUUUUUAAUGGAAUUGAUAGGAGUGUCAUCUGUUCAUAGUUUCUUUGAAUUACUGUUGUGAUUUUCAUACCAUGAAAUACAUACGUCAAAUAUUCAA